GGAACCUGAGGUCUUGUGGAAAAGUUAGGUUAGAGACCCUGGGAGCCCUUCUGCCAGAGUAGGUACUUAGGUAUGAGUCUGGGGUUCAGUGAAGUCUGGCCCUUUGUUGUAAAUAUCCGUUAUUGGCACAUAGGUAGCAUUUACAGCCAAGGGGUUGCUGGACGCUCCAGAGGGAGCCCAAAACAGAGCCCUAAGCUCAUCCUUCCAAACCUCUGAGGAUUCGGGAGGGCAGGAGUAACCAGCCAAGGGGGCUGAGAAGCAACUGUCUACCCACGAGGGAGGAGGGCGGGCUCCCUAGCAGAUCACGGAGAGCUCACUGCAGCACCUCGCAGCGAUGGUGCUGGGGUCUCCUCUGGCGAACCCCCUACAGUGCCGCAGCCCCGUUUCCGUCCUGCUGUGGCCGGUCUCCUCCCGCCAGCACAUGGGCAGGGACUUCUGGAGUGCCAAGGCCGGCCGCUGGUGAGCCGAGGAGAUCCCUGGCAGAACCCGAACUCUGGGUUCUGGGGAUGGAGCCCAAGCCCGGGGGGUCUCCAGCCCUUCUCCGCAGCCGAGGCGACACGCCCCACCCACAGCCCCGAGGACUCCUUUUGGCCGCGGGGCAGGGGCUCGGGUGGGCAGUCUGCAGCCCGCGCACGCCCCUUCCCCUCGCCCCAGCCGCCGGCCGGCGGGGACUCCCGGGGCGGGGGAGGGGCUCGCGCGGCGGGGGGCGGGGGGCGUCGCGGCGGGGCGGGACGGGGCCGCGCUCUCCGCGGCGCAGGGCUGUAAUUUGUCGUUAUAUUUAGCCGGCGGCGCCGGGCCGGGCUGCGGGAGGGCGGCGGCGGGGCUAUAAGCGGCCCCGGGCGCCCACCCUCGAAGCGGGAGCCCGAGCGAGGAGGAGACGGCGCUGGAACCCAUGGACACGUCGUACCCCCGCGAGGAUCCCCGGGCCCCGACGCCCCGCAAGGCAGACGGCGCCGCCCACACGGCCCUCACUCUGGGGGCGCCGAGACCCCCACCUCGAGACCACUUGAUCUGGUCGGUGUUCAGCACCCUCUACCUGAACGUGUGCUGCCUCGGCUUCCUGGCGCUGGCCUACUCCAUCAAGGCCCGAGACCAGAAGGUGGCUGGAGACCUGGAGGCAGCCGGGCGUUUGGGCUCCAAAGCCAAGUGCUACAACAUCCUGGCCACGAUGUGGGCGUUGGUGCUGCCGCUGCUUCUCCUGGCGCUGGUGGUGACCGGGGCUCUGCACCUGUCCCGGCUGGCCAAGGGCUCUGCCGCCUUCUUUAGCACCAAGUUCGACGACUCGGACUAUGACUGACAGGCUGCGCCUCGUCUGCAUCCUGACCCGCGGACCCUGACCCCAGUACUAACCCCCAGGGCACUGCUCCAGGGACUCUACCCUGACCCCCUGGAACCCCAACUCCACCACAGGACCUGAUGGCCGCCCCUCCCACCCAGCCUGGGCACCUAAUGCUGACCCUGAAGAUCCCUUAUUUGGACCCCAGUGGCCUCAACUGCAACCUUGAUGGUCCCCGCUCCCCUAACUCCUUGUACCCAGGCUGGACCCUCCCUCCUCACUCACCAGACUCACUCAGCCUUAGUUUCACAAUUAAAAGCACCUGGUUCCAGAAAGUGCCUCCUGGGCUUUUUGCUGGGGUGGCAGAGGGUUUCUUCCUGAGAGGAACCACCCACCCUAGGGGCUCCCCUGGACUGACCCCAGCAUGAUGGUAGGAUGACCCGUGCUGUCUGCUGGGCCGUGCUCCGACUGUCGCCUUCACUCAGGCACUGGGUGGCUUGUGGCUUCUGGGGUGGA